AUGAAAAAUUCUCCUUACGAAUAAUGCGUGCCACCAUGUAUCAUACGAACGAACCAUCGAAUAAUGUGCGUUUGCCACUAUUGGUACACCUGGUUUCAAAAUGACAAUGACAGAAUUCAAGCUAGAGUUUAGUUCAGUAUUGACGUGAGUUGAAUGCAGAGUUUCGGUUGUGUAUGCAUUGAAUCUGUUGUAAUAUCCGUAAAACGUGACUGAAGUUUUUGAAUAAAUAAAACAGAGACGCAGUUUAAAAUAUUUCAAGUUUUUCUUUCAUAAAUAAUGAAUACCAAAAAUUUGUUAACACAGUGCAUUGAUUUCAAACGAACAGGUAAUGGAACUUGAAUUAAGGAUUGUUCGUGAUCUCGUUACAGAGGCAUUUAUGAAAACGAUAAAAGAAGCAUCAAGUUUCUUGUAGUUUUCAAUUUUGAGGAAUUUGGUAAAUAGCAAUGAAUGUUUAAGAAACAUUGUGCGCAGUAUGCAUUUCUGGAUUAACAAACCGGCGGGGAGGUAUUACGGUUUUACUGGCCGCCGAUACCCCGCCACACCUCUGCCAAAAACAAACUUCAAUCAAUGUCGAUAUAAUCCAGAUUUAAGACAAAUGGUGACCCCACUUCAUCGAUUUCAAAAUCAGAAUGCUAUGGAAAAUGCAGCUGGUCCUAGUAAUUUAAAUAGUUGCAGAGCAUUAAGAACUACAUUAAGAACUAAUAAUGAGACCCAAAACAAUUACCCAGUUGACUCUACUCGACGCACUCAGCUAAACAACAUCUCCAACAAUGUAACGACUGCUGGAAAUAAUCAGUUGAUAUUGUCGAAUACUGCUACAAAUGGAACAAAUAGAAGUCUUUUAGAUUUUUCUGAAUUCAAUGAUGCAGAAUUAGCAAGUUACAGAUUACGAUGCGGUGUUUGGAUAACUUUUGUAUUUGCAACAGGAUUUGUUGCUGCUGCAAAAUUUUAUUUUGGUGAUCAUGGCCAAGGCAUAGAAGUCUUUGUAUUUUGGGGUCUACUAACGUUAUUAUUAUUGUUUGCAUGUUUAUAUUCGAUUUUAUGCCGUCGAAAUCAGCGCAAUAAUCAUCAAGAACAUCACAUUCAAGAGGACCAUAUUGCAUCUGUAACUACUACGAAUACAGUGUCCAAUGAGAAUAUUAGACCUAUUUCUGUAAUAAGGCAAAAUCCACCACCACCCUAUCAUAUUGCUAUUUUGAUUCCUCCACAUAAUUCGUCGGACGAAGCUCCACCACCGUCUUACGAUAAAGUCAUGCGAUGAAUUAACAUCGUUAAGUCGAUAUAAAAUUGUAUAGAAUGUUGUCACUAUUUUUUCAUAUAUUGCAUUUUGUAAGCUGAUCAAUAUUAUCGUCAAAGUGUGUUAUCAAACAUAAAUAUUUCAUCGACGAGCUUUUAAUUUAUGCAACCAAAAGAAAAAAAAAGAAAUGAAAUCAUUAACAUUUUCUCUAGGCUAGGUAAACUUUACAUCUGUGAUACAAAUAGUGAGGUAAUGUCAAGAUAUCAUUCUUUAUAGCAUUUACGAAUUAAAGGAAGCAUAAGAAGACUAUUGUGGGCAUUAUGUGAUGUCUGAAUAAAAAGAAAUAAAUGUGGUAUCUACAAAACUUAAGUAUCUGAAUAUCAAAAAGGUAUGUGCUUUCUGUUUUUAUAUUGGAAUGAACAUUUUUAAUUUAUUUAAAAAAAUAUAUGUAUCCUAAAGGAAAAGUAAUCAUCUUUUCAUGCCUAAGAAUAUACAUCUUUGUCACAGAAGAAAGUAAAGUAUAUAAUUUUAAUUUAUAUUAUUAUAUCCGUUUACUAAAAACGGCAAGAAGUGCUGUUUGCACAAAGAUUAAAUUUGGGCUCACCUUUGACGCAUGAAUCGUUCGCUCUUCCUACAAUCCGUAAAAUGUAAAAUGCUUCAAUACAAAAUACACUGAUUCUAUUAUGUAAGAUUAAAUAAAAAAAACAUAGGCUAAGCAUUGUAUAUGUUUUAUAAUACUUACUUAUACACGUGUACAUAAUAUAAGUAAAUGGAUAUACACAUACACGCAACGCAUACAUACGUACGUACAUUUGGACUAUAGCAUAAAUUCAAUCAAUAAAUAUAAAUGUAAUUUCAUGUUUGUUGUGUCUUUUUAAUAUCGAAAUUGCACAUACAUGUAAGUAAAUGAUAGUUUACAGAGUAAUUUUAUUUUGUAUUUGAAACAAAUUUAUAUAAUACAUUAUACAGAAAAUAUUGUAUUCAAUACUUAUAAUUAUUAACGAUCUUGAAGUUAUCUUUUUAUACGUUAAAAUGUAACUUGAAAUAAAGAAUCAAUCAAUUUUUUGUUCUGUUCCCUUUUUACAAUUUUUUUAUAUGAAAUUUAUUACAAAUCUCUAGGCAACAUUACAUUUGUAUAGCUUUAUCGCGUAAGAAUUAAACGUAGGCGCUUGUUUUGUAUGCACAGCAUAAAUGAUUGAUUGUUACUUUAUUAAGAAAAUAACCGUAUACAUUGAAAUGACACACUUUCUCUCUAGCUAAUAAUCAAAAUUAUAUAAUUGCAUCAAUAAAAGAAUUGCACGGAA